AUGCUCUCCAUUCGAAACAUUUCUGGCGAGGAGGUGGUCAAGGUUUCUCAGGAGGACGUCGAUAAGCUGGCUUCGGCACACCGCGGUGCCGUCAGAGGUGUGGAGCAGCUCUUGGGCCCCCUUCUUGGGCAUCCCAGCUGUCGGCUGAAGCUCUUGUGCGGGGCACGUGUCAUGCGCCAGGAUGCCUCCUUUGAACUGCCAUGCGAGCUGCAAGUGGUCGUGAACGACUUUUGUUCUGCGACGGCAGAAGAUGUGAAGCGAUUGGUCGAUGCUAGCCGUGAGAACCAUGCAGGGCAGGUGGAGGCCCUUCUGAGGCGCCCCCAAGAUCCCGAUUUGGUCGAUGACCAUGGCAAAACUGCGCUCACUAUGGCAGCAAAGGAUGGUGCUCUUGACACGGUUAAGCUGCUCUUGGAUGCAAAAGCGGAUGUCAACAAGACGACAGAGGAUGGUAUUGGCGCAUCCCCUUUUCUGUUCGCGGUUGACGCCGGACAUUUGGCGGUCGUGCGGCUGCUGGUUGAGAUGGGUGCCGAUACGGACAGCGCCACCAGAAGUGGCGAAACCGCUAUUUUCAGAGCUGCUGCGAAAGGCCACGUCGCAGUGGUGCAAUUACUGCUCGGCAUGGGUGCCGACAAGGACAAGGCAACGAACAACGGUCGCACUCCUGUCUUCAUAGCUGCUGCAAAAGGCCACGUCGAAGUCGUGGAAUUGCUGCUUCGGAUGCGUGCCGACAAGGACAAGGCAAACAACGAAGGCGCAACCCCUGUCGUGACAGCUGCUGCAGAAGGCCACGUCGAAGUCGUGCAAUUGUUGCUUGAUAUGGGUGCCGACAAGGAAAAGGCCAUGAACAACGGUGCAACCCCUGUUCUCGCAGCUGCUGGGAAGGGCCAAGUAGAAGUGGUGCAGUUGCUGCUUGCUAUGGAUGCCGACAGGGACAAGCCAAUGAUCAAUGGCGCAACUCCUGUUUUCAUAGCUGCUGUGCAAGGCCACGUCUCAGUGGUGCGAUUGCUGCUUGAGAGCAAGGCCGACAAGGACAAGGCAAUCAAGGGACUAGAGCAAGAGGGCGUGGUGUGUUCUAAAUGA